AUGGGUGAUAAAGAUAGAAAGCCGAUUGUCCGUGACGGAUGGGUGGCUGCGUGGGAUGCCAAAUACAGUGAGUGGUUCUAUGUGGAUAAGAAAACAGGCAAGUCGCAGUGGGAGGCUCCGGAUGGCACUAAACUCCCAGUUGCCACACCAGUUUCAGGUAAAAGCUCAAAGGAUGGCAAACAAGAAGAUGCACCCCCUCCUUAUUCUGAGGUUACUAAUCAGCAGCAACGGCUACAGCAACAGCCAUACAACUCACAACAGCAACAACCCUACCAAGCUUAUCAGUACCGCCAACAAUACCCUCAGCAGGGGGGUAAAAGUAGCAGUGGCAUGGGAGGUAUGGGUGCCAUGAUGGGUGGUGCUGCGUUAGGUACGGUAGGUGGCCUUAUGCUAGGAAGUGCUUUGUCUAGUCCUGGUUAUUAUGGUGCACCACCCCAGGAUUAUGGUGGAAACUACGAUGGUGGCUUUGGUGGUGGUGGUUUUGAUGGUGGCGGAUUUGAUGGAGGUUUCUUUUAA